AUGUCCAUCCAAGUCGAACAUCCUGCUGGUGGUUACAAGAAACUGUUUGAAACUGUGGAGGAACUAUCCUCACCGCUCACAGCUCAUGUUACAGGCAGGAUCCCCCUCUGGCUAACCGGCAGUCUCCUUCGAUGUGGGCCAGGACUCUUUGAAGUUGGAUCUGAGCCAUUUUACCACCUGUUUGAUGGGCAAGCUCUCCUGCACAAGUUUGACUUUAAAGAAGGACACGUCACAUACCACAGAAGGUUCAUCCGCACUGAUGCUUACGUACGGGCAAUGACUGAGAAAAGGAUCGUCAUAACAGAAUUUGGCACCUGUGCUUUCCCAGACCCCUGCAAGAAUAUAUUUUCCAGGUUUUUUUCUUACUUUCGAGGAGUGGAAGUUACUGACAAUGCCCUUGUUAAUAUCUACCCAGUGGGGGAAGAUUACUAUGCCUGCACAGAGACCAACUUCAUUACAAAGAUUAAUCCUGAGACCUUGGAGACAAUUAAGCAGGUUGAUCUUUGCAACUAUGUCUCGGUCAAUGGAGCCACUGCUCACCCCCACAUUGAAAAUGAUGGGACUGUUUACAAUAUUGGUAAUUGCUUUGGGAAAAAUUUUUCAAUUGCCUACAAUAUUGUAAAGAUCCCUCCACUACAAGCAGACAAGGAAGAUCCAAUAAGCAAGUCAGAGAUCGUUGUACAAUUCCCCUGCAGUGACCGAUUCAAGCCAUCUUACGUCCAUAGUUUUGGUUUGACUCCCAACUAUAUUGUUUUUGUGGAGACACCAGUCAAAAUUAACCUGUUCAAGUUUCUUUCUUCAUGGAGUCUUUGGGGAGCCAACUACCUGGAUUGUUUUGAGUCCAAUGAAACCAUGGGGGUUUGGCUUCAUAUUGCUGACAAAAAAAGAAAAAAGUAUAUCAAUAAUAAAUACAGGACAUCUCCUUUUAACCUCUUUCAUCACAUCAAUACCUAUGAAGACAGUGGUUUUCUGGUUGUGGAUCUCUGUUGCUGGAAAGGAUUUGAAUUUGUUUAUAAUUACUUAUAUUUAGCCAAUUUACGUGAGAACUGGGAAGAGGUGAAAAGAAAUGCCAGAAAGGCUCCCCAGCCUGAAGUUAGGAGAUACGUGCUUCCUUUGAAUACUGACAAGGCUGACACAGGCAAGAAUUUAGUCACACUCCCCAACACAACUGCCACUGCAAUUCUGUGCAGUGAUGAGACCAUCUGGCUGGAACCUGAAGUUCUCUUUUCAGGGCCUCGCCAAGCAUUUGAAUUUCCUCAAAUCAACUACCAGAAGUAUGGUGGGAAACCUUACACAUAUGCAUAUGGACUUGGCUUGAAUCACUUUGUGCCAGACAGGCUCUGUAAGCUGAACGUCAAAACUAAAGAAACUUGGGUAUGGCAAGAGCCUGAUUCAUACCCCUCAGAACCCAUCUUUGUUUCUCACCCAGAUGCCUUGGAGGAAGAUGACGGUGUAGUUCUGAGUGUGGUGGUGAGCCCUGGGGCAGGUCAAAAGCCUGCUUAUCUCCUAAUUCUGAAUGCCAAGGACUUGAGUGAAGUUGCCAGGGCUGAAGUGGAGAUUAACAUCCCUGUCACCUUUCAUGGACUGUUCAAAAAAUCCUGA